AUGUUCUGCUGUAUACCAGUUGCUUUUAUAAGUUCAUUUGUAUUUUCUAAGCUCACUGCUAAAGAAGUAAAAAAUGAAUUAGAAUCAUAUUCAAAAGCUGCACACAUUGUUCAAGAAGUGUUUAGUUCAUUACGAACUGUUCAUUCAUUGAAUGGAAGUCGAUUUGAACAACAAAAAUACAAUAAAGAAUUAGAUCCAACUUAUUGGAGUAGUAUUCGCAAAGGAGCUGUCUUUGGUGUAUAUAUCGGUUGGAUACGACUGUUAAUAUUCUCGUCCAGUGCAGUUGGUUACAUCUUUGGUUCUAUUUUAAAGUCAUAUGGAAAUGAAUAUGCAUUAAAUAUUGGUGAUAUCAUUAUCUCAUUUUCCGAAGCUCGAGGUGCAGCAAUGUCUGUAUUUCGACUGAUUGAUGAGGGAGAAGAUCGAGAUGUCAAUGAAAAUGAUUUGUUAAGAGAAAAAGAAUCAAUUUAUGAUAUCACUGGUGAUAUUGAGUUUGACAAUGUAAAUUUAGUUUAUCCAUCUCGAAAAGAUGCAACUGUCUUACAUAAUCUUAGUUUUAUUGCUCGUGCUAAUCAAACCACUGCUCUUGUCGGUUCAAGUGGUUCUGGGAAAAGUACAUGUAUAUCACUUCUUCUUCGUUUUUAUGAACCUUCAUCUGGUCGAAUUAUGAUUGAUGAUCGAUCAAUUACAGAUUAUCAUCGGAAUCAACUUAGACUCAAUAUUGGAGUUGUUAGUCAAGAACCGAUUUUGUUUGGUAUGACUAUCUACGAAAACAUUCGUCUUGGUAAAUUGAAUGCAGCACGCGAAGAGAUCGAAGGAGCAGCAAAAGAAGCAAAUGCACAUGAUUUCAUCAUGAAAUUACCAAAUAAAUAUGAAACAAUUGUUGGAGAACGUGGUAUUCAAUUGAGUGGUGGAGAAAAACAACGUAUAGCAUUAGCUCGUGCUCUUGUCAAACAACCGACGAUUCUUUUAUUAGAUGAAGCAACAAGUGCAUUGGAUAAUGUUAGUGAAAAAAUUGUUCAAGAAGCACUUAAUCGAGCAUCUAAAAAUCGUACAACUAUUGUCAUUGCACAUCGUUUAUCCACCAUUCGAAAUGCUCAUCAAAUCUAUGUGAUCGAUAAAGGAAGUGUUAUUGAAGAAGGAAAUCAUGAAACAUUAAUGAGAAAAGAAGGAGGAAAAUAUCAAACAAUGGUUAAAAGUCAACAGUUAGAAAAAACGAAUGAUGAUCAAGAUGAGAUAGUGAAGAUGACAACAAGAACUGAUGAAGAUGAAAAACAGAUCUGUGUUCUUUUAUUUGCUUUGCAUAUAUUUCAAAGUAUCGCAUUUGCCAUAUCAGGAUCAAAAUUGACUCAACGUGUUCGUUCAAAAGCUUUUGCUUGUCUUCUUCGUCAAGAAGUUGCUUAUUUUGAUCGACCUGAAAAUAGUUCUGGUACCAUCACUGUUCGUCUUUCUUCGAAUGCAUCAGCUAUUCAAGACAUGAUUGGAACCACAUUAGGUCUUAUAUUUCAAGGUUUUGCCUUAUUCCUCUUUGGUUUAGUGUUUGGUCUUCUCUUCAGUCGACAAUUAACAUUGAUCAUGAUUUUUCCUUUUGUUCUCUUGCUUAUUAGUGCCUAUGUCAAUGUUCGAUUGACCGUAUGGCUAAAAACACGAACAGAUCUUAUUAUUGGACGAGCAAGUUCGCUUGCUGUUGAAGUUCUACAAAAUAUGCGUACAGUAAAACAAUUAUCUAUCGAAAAUGAAAUGUUACGACAAUAUUCACAUCUGAUCAAUGAAGCAAUGAAAAUAUCUUGGAAACCUGAGAUAGCAUCUGGAAUGUUUCUUGGAUUGACGUGGGCAGUAGAUCCAGUAGUGUUGGGAUUUCUCUAUUGGCGUGCAAUAACUCUUAUUGAAAAGGUUUAUUCAGUUGUGUCUCAUCAUAGUGCUAAACGUAUGGGACAAUCGUUAUCUGCGGCAAAGAUCUUUUUUGAUUUGUUUGAUCGCAUCCCCACUAUUGACAAUGCAUCUACUAGUGGACAAGAAUUAGUUGAUUUUGGUGGAGAGAUCGAAUUUGAUCAAGUGAAAUUUGCCUAUCCAAGUCGACCUACAACAGUAGUUCUAAAUAAACUUCAAAUGAAUAUCAAAUCAGGUACAUCUGGAUGUGGAAAAUCAACAAUAAUUCAACUUCUCGAACGAUUCUAUGAUGUCACACAUGGUCAAUUAUUUCUUGAUGGUGUUGAUAUUCGAGAUCUCAAUGUUCAGUGGCUUCGUUCUCAUCUUGGUCUUGUUAGUCAAGAACCAGUUUUAUUUGAUCUAACUAUUGCUGAAAAUAUCACUUAUGGAUUAGAAAAUGUUCCUUCGACAGAUGAGAUUAUCAAAGCAGCAACUAAAGCAAAUAUUCAUCAGUUUAUUCAACAAUUACCUCAGGGUUAUGAGACAAGAGUAGGAGUGAAAGGAAGUUUUUUGUCUGGUGGUGAGAAACAACGUAUUGCUAUUGCGCGAGUGCUUCUUCGUCGACCAAAAAUAUUACUAUUAGAUGAAGCAACAAGUGCCAUGGAUUCAUACAAUGAACAAGUGAUCGAAGAAACACUUAAACAAGCUCAAGAUGAAGAUCCCAAUCGAACAUCAUUGAUUAUUGCUCAUCGUCUUUCAACUAUUCGUUCCUGUGAUAUCAUUUAUGUACUUGAUAAGGGAUGUAUCAUCGAAAGUGGCACUCAUGCAGAAUUAGUUCAACAACGUGGCAUUUACUAUGAAAUGCUUACUGCUCAAUACAAUUCAUCAUCAUAG